GUUGAGUUGGCCCGAAGCAACCAUUCCUUUGCUGGUGACUUGCUCCAUUCUGUUGUGCAGGCUAGUCAGCAUUAUCAAGAUAGUUUGGCCACCAAGCCUGCCGCCGCCUCUUUGUCGCCUUUGUCGACCACUCACAGUAUGGCUGCAAAACAAGAUACGCAUGAAGAACGAGAUGUGGAGCCUGUCAUGAUAGUUAAUGAUGAGGACGACCGGCUUUCAUCAACCCAACCGUUUUCUAUGUUUGCUUCGCUGCUCCCUCCAAUUGAACAGGGUGGCCUGGCAGCCUAUGUCCGAAUGGAAGUGAAGGCACAUCUUGCGCUGGUAGGUUGA